AGAAAAUAUGGAUUGAAAGUCAUAGUUGACUUGCACGCGGCCCCAGGCUCACAAAAUGGGUUUGAACAUAGCGCUUCAAGGGACGCUUCUCAGCAGUGGGGAUUAACCCAUGAAAAUAUAAGACAAACCAUUAAUGUGAUAGACUUUUUGACUGCAAGGUACGUAAAGAGCCCAAGCUUGUAUGCCAUCGAGCUAAUAAAUGAACCACUAUCUCCUGGAGUGUCUUUGUCUAGCUUGGAAGAAUAUUAUCAGGGAGGAUAUGACGCCGUUAGAGCCCACUCUCAAACGGUAUACGUAGUGUUGUCAAACCGAUUAGGGUCUGAAGCCAAACCCAGAGAGUUGUUUGCACUAGCCAGUGGAUUCAAAGGAGCCGUGAUCGAUGUUCAUUACUACAGUCUCUUCUCCAACAUCUUUGACAACAUGACCGUCCAGGAAAAUAUUGAUUUCAUUCGCACAAACCGUUCGUCUGAAUUGAGUUACUUGACGACUUCCAAUGGCCCUCUCAUUUUUGUUGGGGAGUGGGUGGCCGAGUGGAAAAUUUCAAAGGCAAGCAAGGAUGAUCUUUCAAGGUUUGGCGAGGCUCAAUUAGAGGUCUAUGGGCGUGCAACUUUUGGUUGGUCGUAUUGGGCACUCAAGAAUGUCAACAACCAUUGGAGUUUGGAGUGGAUGAUUGACAAUGGUUUCAUAAAACUUUAGUCCCCAUUUAGUAUCAUUUAGUGUUUUUUCUCUAUUGCCAAGUAAAAAAAAAUGCUAAAACCAAGGAUAAAACACGAUCAUUGUAGUUUUGUUGUUGUUGGGGAAUUGGGCUUCACUAACACAGUCCAAUCCAAACAAAUGCAAAUAAGUGGC